AUGGGCUCCACACAACCGGUCGAACCCCGGAAGAAGAAGCCCAAAACCAAGCCCGGGCCCUUGUACUACCAGGACGACACCAUUCCCUACGACUACAUCGUCAUCGUCGAUGCCGGAUCCAAAGGCUCGCGGGUGUAUGUCUACAACUGGAUCAAUCCCACGUAUGCCUUGCAGAAUGGCCUCGACUUUAAGGCCAGCAUCCGUCCAGCUUCCAGUGGUCUGGACGUUCCCGACCCCGUGCGGUUGCCCAAGGUAGCCAGCCACAAGAAAUGGCACCGCAAGAUCGUACCAGGCAUUUCGUCCUUCAGCGAGAGUCCGCAGAAAAUCGGAAAGCACCACUUGAAGGACAUCUUGCAGUUGGCCAGUGCGGUGGUGCCCAAGUCCCAGCACCACCGAACGCCCAUCUUUGUCCACUCCACUGCUGGAAUGAGGCUCUUGACUCCCACAGGCCAGCAGGAGAUUCUAGAUAGCAUCUGCUCUUACAUCACUGGGAACUCCGACUUCUAUUUGCCAGAGUGUUCCACCCACAUCAACGUGCUCACAGGUGAUGUAGAGGGACUCUACGGCUGGCUCUCUAUCAACUACAUGAAUGGAGCACUCGAUCAUCCUGACCAGCACCAGCAUGGAAAAAACCAUACCACUUACGGGUUGUUGGACAUGGGCGGUGCGUCCACACAGGUGGUGUUCCAGCCCAAUUCCACGGAGACGGACGAGCAUCGGAACUUUCUCUAUAAGAUCAAGUUGCGCCAGAUGCCUGUCAAAAGUACCGACAGUACUUCCGAGCCUGUCCAACCUUCCCAAGAUGGGCCCACUGUGGGGCACUACACCUUGCCUGAAAGCACCCACUUUGAUGUUUUUUCCGAUUCGUUCUUGGGAUUCGGAAUGUACCAGGCACACAACAGAUACUUGUCGUCUUUAGUCAGCGAGUACAAGAACGAGCACGGCAUCCACGAUGAAAAUGGCCACACGUCGAGACUCCGUUCUCCCGUGCCCGACCCAUGCCUUCCCAUCGGAUACACCACCUCCAUCAAGAUUAAUGAUGUGACAUUUGAUUUCACUGGUGCGAGCAACUUCCUAACAUGCAUGCAGAAGAUCUUUCCUAUUCUUCUGCACAACGACCACACCACCGAGGACUCCAGCUGCAAGCAGUUCAGCGAGGACAACCAGGUCAGCACAUGCUUGUUGAACGAUUUGAUUCCUGCUUUUGACUUUGACGUAAACCAUUUCAUAGCUGUGAGUGGCUACUGGGAUGCAAUUACCAAUUUAUUGUCGUACGAAACUGGAGAGGCACCAGGCAAGAAGGAUCCAGAGGACACCUACGACUACGCGUUGAUUUAUCAAGAAACAACCAAGGUUUGCUCCAAGUCGUUCAUCUCUUUGAUGCAAUUGAACGACGCAAAAAAGGACAAGUACAAGCUCGAGGAGCACGAGCUCGCCGAGCUCUGCUUCAAGUCAUCGUGGAUCUUGAACUUCUUGCAUUUGGGGCUUGGGUUUCCACGCUUUGGCAUCGACGAGCGUCCCAACAAAGACAACAAAUUCAAGUCAUUGCAGUUGGUAGAGGAGUUGGAAGGGUCGUCGUUCUCAUGGACCCUAGGACGGGCCAUUCUUUAUGCCAACGAUGAGUACAUUCAAGCCUUCAACAAUUACACCAUCAAGGAAAUGAAUUUGUCGGAAGAAGAGCAAAACCCCAACUACGAGAACAGCGUCUUGCUCGAGCGUCCAGGCUUCUUCCAUACCGCCUCUCCCAACGUGUACAAAUUUGGAGCAGAGCAGGAUGGAAUUGCUCCUAGACCACAGUUUGUCAAACCCAGGGGUGAUGAAAAGUACCACUUUUUCGAUUAUGAGAACCAAUACUCGUCGUCCAACGGCGAGCUGGUGUGGAACAUAAAACCGCACCGGUGGUACGGCAUUUUUAUCUUUAUGUUCUUGUCUGGAAUAAUUGUGUGGUUGAUGGUAGGAACUGACGGCCGGAGAGUCUUGUUUUCAAGCCUCAGGCUGAGGGUAGCAAAAGCCUCGCAGGCUGUGCAAAAGCUCGUCGGGAGAGGGUCGACCACGCAGUACACCAGGGUGGGCACGACUGGUGCUGACAUCGAAGCUGCCGAAUACGAGCUCGAUGACGUACCCGUCGAGGGGAGCUCUCAGUUCCAAAUCGAUAGCGAUGGUGAGUAG